AUGGUUGUUGAAGCACAGGAGUUGUCCGCUUUGCAAACAAAAUAUCCUUCUGGCGUGCGGUGUCAUCCUGGAAGAUGGCCUCUCUUCCUCCUCCAACUCCUCCUCCGAAUCUUCUACCUCUUCCUCGACGUCCGCUUCAGGCAACGGCCGAAAUGCUGUGGGCAGCAUGUUCUCACACUUUUUGCCGCCAGCAGGACAGCAUGCAAGAGAUGGGCGCUUGAUGUGGAUGAACGACAGCAACAACCUUUGCCCUCCACUCUUUGGCCUGUCUUGUCAACAGUGUUCAUACCUGCUUUGCUUAUGUCAAAGAAGGCCACAGCACGGACGGCCUAG